AGAAAGGACGACAACAUAGAAAAGAGAGUGAGUGUGUGUUUAUGCGUGGCUAGAGCCAGUGUAGCUCCAGACAGCAGCAGUGUGUGAGAAGCAGGAGAUAAAUAAACCUCUGACUGAGGAUGAGAUCUCUAAAACACCUGAAACCCCAAACCAAGAAAAAUGUGGAGGAGAAGACCCACCGGUUGGUCAGAUGUUACUCUGAGGCCAUGCACCAGCAGAUGGAUGCAGGGACACAGACAGACCCUGUGGUGGUCUUGUCUCUGGCCCAGGCUGCUGUGUUGGGACUUAUAUCCCAGAAUGAGGUCUUUGGCGCCACCAUUGCCCCCAAUGGCUUCUACACCGGAGACCCCAAAGAGUCGCCUGCUCCACCCGGAGAGCGUAUGGACUAUGAGUACGCUGACCAGCUCAUUGGCGCCAAUGGGGACUACUUGGGGGUGAACCUCGGCGAGGAUGGCCACAUGCACCCAAGCUGUGCCGAGAGGAGGUGGCAGGGGCCUCCUGAAAACAGCAAGCCGCCUGUGGGGCAUCUAGAGACAGGUUCACAUGUCAAAGGAGAGUCUGUGACCCCAGGUCUCCCAUCCUGCAACCACAUGAUGAACACCAUGAUGCCUAGAGAGACCAUGCCGAUGGUGGAUCCUUCUGGCUACCGGGUUGCUCCUAAACCGCAUCCUAACAACUGCUGUGCUGCCUGUAUCCGGGAGCCCAAGGGUACUCAACCAGUGCCUGAGCCCCACCCUCACACCCACCCCCAUCCCCACCCUCAACCCCACCCCCACGUACAUCAUGAGGUUUCUCCUCGAGACAGAAACCACACGCAGGAGAAGACAGGAGUGGAAGAGGUGCCAGAUGAAGGUGAAGAUGGAAGAAUGGGGAAGGGUGGAGGAGGGGAGGAGAUCAGCAGCUACUUUCAGGCCAGCGAGGUUGGAUACGAGGGUGGCGAUAUGGAUGGGGUAGGUGACUUUGAUGAGAGCAGUCAGGGUAUGUUCUGGGGGGAGCACGUGGAAGGGGAGGCACCGCGGGGCCGCCGCAUCGACCGCCUGGACAUCAACAUCCAGAUUAAUGAGUCGUACUGCGUGGAUGUUGGUGAAGGCCUGAAGCGCUGGAAGUGCCGCAUGUGUGAAAAGUCGUACACGUCCAAGUACAACCUGGUGACGCACAUUCUGGGGCACAACGGUAUCAAGCCGCAUGCCUGCCCGCACUGUGGCAAGCUGUUCAAACAGCCCAGCCACCUGCAGACGCACCUGCUCACGCACCAGGGCACGCGACCGCACAAGUGCACCGUCUGCAAGAAGGGCUUCACCCAGACCAGCCACCUGAAGCGCCACAUGCUGCAGCACUCAGACGUGAAGCCAUACAGCUGCCGCUUCUGCCGCCGCGGCUUUGCGUACCCCAGCGAGCUGCGCGCUCACGAGGUGAAGCACGAGCGCGGUCGCUGCCACGUCUGCUCCCAGUGUAGCAUGGAGUUCCCCACCUACGCUCACCUCAAACGCCACCAGGUGAGCCACCAGGGCCCCGCCUCCUUCCAGUGUGGCCAGUGCACCAAGGUGUUUGCGUACCGCAGCCAGCUGCAAAACCACAUGCUGAAACAUCAGACGCAGCGCUCCUUCUCCUGCAGCCAGUGUGGCCUGCAGUUCCUGCAGCUGCACCAGCUGCGCCAGCACUCCCUCACGCACAAAGUGCUCAAGCCCCAGACCCGCGUCUCGAAGGGAAUAAAGGGAUUCAAGUGUGAUGUAUGUGCACGAGAGUUCACAUUGUCUGCAAACCUGAAGAGGCACAUGCUUAUCCACGCCAGUGUCCGGCCCUUCCAGUGUCACGUCUGUUUUAAGUCCUUCGUCCAGAAACAGACCCUCAAAACUCACAUGAUUGUGCACCUGCCUGUGAAACCCUUCAAAUGCAAGGUCUGUGGGAAGUCAUUUAACCGAAUGUACAACCUUCUGGGUCAUAUGCAUCUCCAUGCUGGCAGCAAGCCCUUCAAGUGUGCGUACUGCUCCAGCCGGUUCAACCUGAAGGGGAACCUAAGCAGACACAUGAAGGUGAAACAUGGCAUGGACAUUUCUCCAGAUGGACAAGAUGCUCCUCCAGAUCUAGAACCUCAUGAGAAUUAUGAGGAAGAGAACUUCCACUUUGCCGCACCUGAGAAUAUGGAUAGUAAUGAUGCACCUAAUCUCACCAAGCUCUCUGAGGUGGCUAUCCAGGAGCUGGACUACUAUAACUUUGGAAAGGAUGUGGCAAGCUAUAACACAGCCUGAACACUACACUUGAGUUAAAAUGCUCUUAAGUAACAGGUGGCCUGGGCUGGCUGAGAUGUUUCUCCAUGAGAACCAAGGCCUAACUUUUAGGAUUGAUGGGCUGGUGGCGGCCUUGGUCUCACUCCCAUGGUAACUACUCUGAUCCUGUUUCAGAAGAAGUCUACUAGCUAAGAGUCUUUUGAACAGUUCUAAAAAAGGUCACCCCUAUAAGUUAGUACUUUGUGAUUAUAGUUAUAUUUGAAACAGUUUCUACAUACUGAACCAUAGGUGUGUUUACAUUCACUCACUCUGCAAAUCAUCCAAAUAGCAUUUUUAAGCAGGAAGAGUGGUACAAGUACCACCUUGUGGUCUUCCUCUCUGCUGUUCAUCCCGAAAUUACAAAUACUAAUUUCCACUCCCUUUCACUACAUUCGUUUACAUUCACUUAAAUUACUCAUAGAAUUACUCCAAAAGACUCUUAGGUGAAAGAACGAAUCUACACUGGUCAGUGUAGUAUACAGGAUGACUGGAAUUCUGUAUGAGUAUGUUGUAGCGUGAGUAUGUAUGAGUCUGUUAAUAGCAAGUAUGUGUCUAUGCUGUAGUGAGAGUGUGUAUGCUAUAGUGAUUGUGCAUGCGUGUAUGAGUAUGUUUAGUAGUGAGUGUGUUUAUGUAUGUGUGAGAGUUGUAGAGCGUGUGUAUAUGUACAUAGUUGAGAGUGUGCAUUUGGGCCCCUGUACCAAACCUACCGCUCUCAGUCACACCCAUUUGCGGCCCACCCUAAAGCGCCACUACUGUUGCCAGAACUGAAUAUAACCAUAAGAAAUCUUUGGUUUAACAGCCACUUAUUUUGUGAAGUAUUAUUGUUUCUUUAUAUUGAUUUGCUAUUUAUUUUGCACUUUUGAUGAAACAAAAAUUCAUUUAAUAUCUUCCAGAAAAAACCUAGUUCAUCACUGACAGUUUGAAUUCUGGUCUCCCCUGCAUCUUCCAAGGAUACAGACCUGUAUCACAUCCUUUGUAUGCUGUUCCUUAAGGCAAACUUGCCAACUGUGUAGGUUCUUUAAUUAAACCAUUUUGAAGUGAA